AUGUCCUCAUCCGCAUCGGCCGCCGCUCCUUUGGGUGGAUUCUCAGCUCUCGUCAAUUCCUCUUCGGAUUCUCGAGACAAGGAGCUGGUCAUCAGACAAGUAACUCCUGACAUCGUCACUUUCUCAGUACCCUUCACCAGGGGGAUGGUACCCAUAGGUGGAAGAAGUACAGCUGUUCGUAUAUCCCGACAACCUAAACCCUCAGUCACCGAGAGUGGUAUACAACCGGCUCCUCAAAGUAAUUCUUCUGGUGAAGUAUUGGUCUAUGCAUCAACUCCCUUGACAAAGGCAACUGUAGAAGCUCUCAAAUCGCUCGGAGAAGUCAAAUGGCUCGUCACGCCCGAUGGUGAACAUACCAUGUAUAUUCAGGAAUACGUUGACCACUAUCCUUCUGCUGAAGCGAUUGGCGUUGAGAGAUGCAAGGAGAAGAAAUCUAAUAUCUCAUGGGCAGGUAUCUUUGGACCAAAAGAUGAUGGGGAAAGCAAGAAGUAUGGAUUUGAACCUGAGGUGUCUCUCCAUCAAGUGUCUGCACAUAUCAAUCAUGAGCUGACGGCAGUCCACCAUCCUUCCGGUACGCUUAUCCAAGCCGACAUGCUCUUCAACCUUCCUGCAACUGAGCAAUACUCCCGAGCUGGAGGAUUACCCACCCUCUUCAAGUGGCUUGGUGGUGGUAAAUCCAUGAGUCCUGGAGGAAAGGUACAUGAUCUCAUGGCCAAUCAAAUAUCGAAAGACAAGGACCUGCUCAAAAAGGAAUUGCAGCCUAUCCUUGCUGCCAAAUGGGAUCGAAUCAUCCCAUGCCACGGUGACGUGAUUGAGACAGGUGGUCGAGUGGCGUGGGAGAAAGUCUGGGGGAGAUUUGAGCAAUAA